CGAUGGUGCUAUGUCGGCCACUAUUCGUCUUGAUGACGACGUUUGCUGUCUGCGCGCUGGGAGAAUCUACAUAUGACGGAACAAAGAUCGCGAACAGAACUAUUGAACGGACAACCCAGCUGCGCACACAUUCACUAUACGCGCCAUACAUUGAUCAAGAUCUUCAGAACCGAUGGUGGGAUUUCGGUGCUGAUGCCUAUGUGAACACCAACAAGCAUGUACGACUGACUCGUAACCGACCGUCACUAAUGGGAUGGCUAUGGUCCCGACUACCAAUCACCGCGGUGAAUUUUGUUAUGGAGGUCGAGUUCAAGAUCUCGGGGGACUCGUCACAUCUCUUCGGCGAUGGCCUUGCAGUAUGGUUCACAAAAGAGAGAGCAGAACCUGGUCCCGUCUUCGGAAACACUGAUAAAUUCACAGGUCUGGGAAUAUUUCUUGAUACUUACGCCAAUGCACGACAUGGGUAUUCUUUUCCUCGAAUUGUUGCUAUGAUGGGCGACGGUCAGACUAGCUACGAUUUAGGGAAUGAUGGUGAAGGUACUCAGAUUGGCGCUUGCUCAGCCAACGUUCGACGGACAAAUGUGGCCACCAAGCUGAAAGUGAUCUAUGUGAAGGACGCGGUUUUGGAUGUCAAGGUCCAGUAUAAAGGCUGGGACGACUGGUCGGAUUGCUUUACCAUCAAUGGCAUAUCCCUUCCGCCAAACCCAUACCUUGGCUUCUCAGCGAUGACCGGAGAUGUCAGCGACGCGCAUGAUAUCAUUGCCGUUACGACUGCCUCGGCUUCGCUUUCCUCCCUCGAAGUUCCACGGAACAAGAUUUACAGUUAUAACUCGACUGUCGGGUUCUCAUUCUCGUUCAUCAAGCUCUUCCUGUUCGCUGCCGUGUGUGGGGGUGGAUGGUUUGGUUGGAAGGCAUAUGAGCGCAAGAAGCUCGAGGGUCGUAGUGGAGGGCUGGGGAGUGCAGGAGGGUUUGGAGGGUUUGGGAAUGCGGGGUCAGGGCUCUGGCAAAAUCCGAAGAGAUUUUGAGAGACUACAGAAUGGGCAGCGUUGCUGUGGUAUUGUUUUGAUAGGCUACUACUGCUCUGCUCUGAUAAUGAUACGAGCUUCCGUACAACAUGCU